AUGAAGUACAAAAGCAACAAGACGGUGAAAUCUCUUCGGUUGAUGUUGGUGAUAGUUUGUCUGGUCUGCCUUAUCCCACACAUUGCGGCCAGACCGUCGAGUGUGCGCCAUAGCAAACAAUUGCGUUUCAUAGAUCAUCUCCUGCGUAGCAGGACAGCCGGGUCCGAAAGGACCAGCCACCACAGUCCAAACCAUAAGCAUCAACGCAGAUCGGCAGACUAUAUCGAUUUGUACGACGAAGAUUACAAGCGUAUGCAACAAUGUUUCGAAGAUGAGGACUUAAAUGAGUUGUGCCAGCGCUGUUCGAAAGUGUCAAAGCUAUCGAUCGUAUUCCCCAUGUGCUGCAACAAUGAGGAUCACACGAUGACAUGGUGCAGAGACUACGUGUACUAUGGGAUACAAACGUAA